AUGGGCAAGAAGGGCACAAAGGACAUAAAGGAUAAAGAGGAUAAAAAGGACAAAAGGGACAAAAAGAAAGGAGUUCUGAAGUUAAGCGGCGGUAGUUCGAAAGACAGCCCUAUCGCUGCUCCGACGUCCCACGAGCUAGCCUCCCAAUUCGAUGCUAAUACAUUAUACUUGACAUAUGGUGGCUCUCUCGAGGAAAUUCCAUCGACAGAGUCACCUAGGACUCAAUUCAGAGUCGGUUACAUCGAGGUUGGAGGAACUGUGGAUCAGCCCUACUCAGAUGAACCUGUACCUGGUUUCCUCUACCCCUGCCAGAUGAAAAAAAACGACUUCACCAUCAAGCUCCGACAGGAUGUUGCAAAAGCCUUCACUGAUGCGGCAACCGGACUUCCAAGAAGAUUCGAUGCGAGUUUUCACUGGGCACUUGUGUAUGUCGAAGAUAGGCUUGGAACAGUGGAUUACGUUCCCACAGUUCUUGUCCGAGCGCUCACCACGUACGUCAUAACUCAGGACGACGACAUCAUAUACGAAUUCAUGCAAGGUUUCCUGCCGUACAUCAAAAAUAUCUUCGAGCAGGGAUUGUUCAUGCCAGCAGAUUUCCUGCUCUAUGUGGUGCAGGGCAAAUUGCCCCCCGAGGAAGAAAUCAAAUCAUACGACGCCGGCUCGAUGACGACGGUGGAAUCAGUUCAAGCACUUCACUGGGCUAUUCACGUUAACGAGAAUGCUGGGGAUUUGCUAAAAAAGGGAUGCGAGAUAAUGGAUAUCGACAGCAUUUUGGAAGAUACCCCACCAUCGAAGUCGAAGAAAAAAAGGUCCAAGUGAUCAUCG